CUUUCCAAACUAAUUAUACACACACAUACUAGUAUUUUGUUUAAGGGUAUACCGUCAACUUUAUUACUUUACAAGUCACAGUAAAAUAAAAAGGAUAACUAACGCUGAGGUUGAAGUCGGUUAAUCAGCUUUUUAUCUAAACUGUGAAAAUUUACAAGAUCUUCUUACUUUCCUACGAAUUGUUCCAUAUAGAUAAAUUCACGACUCGGUAAUUUUAGAAAAAAAAUCACAAAUUAUAUAAACUCAAGUAGUGUAUAUUUUUAUUAACUAUACAUUACCCUCGAGCUUAUGCAGUUUAUUGAUCAAUAUGGCAAAGACCAUUUCAAUGGGUACAAAUUUAAAGAAUGGCUUUUUAAGAACACAGACAUUUGUAUUUACAUUGCAACAAUCUACCUCGCCUUCGUCUUCAUGGGACCUCAUCUGAUCAACAGGAUCAUAGUACUCACACCCUGUCGAGUAAACAUUAUUAAGAAGUUCUGGAUGGUGUGGAAUUUGCUCGUCAGUGUUUUUUCAUUAUAUGGCACCCUCCGCGUGAUGCCGGCGUUAAUCAGCGACUUCAGGCAGUACGGGCUGUAUGGUACCCUGUGCAAGUCGCAUCCAGAGCACUUCUAUACCACAAAAGUAGGUUUUGCGAUGGCAUUGUUCGUGAUCUCGAAGGUCCCCGAGUUCAUGGAUACCUUUUUCUUAAUCAUGACAGGGAAACGCAACCUGCCGUUCUUGUCGUGGUUCCACCACGUCACGACUUAUUUAUUCGUUUGGUUUGCCUAUCAAGAAGGUUCCAGCAUCUUCAUUGUGGCCGUAGCCCUGAACUACACCAUGCACACCAUCAUGUACUUCUACUUUACCCUCACGGAGGCAGGGUUCAAGAACCUCGUGAGGCCCUUCGCUGUCUAUAUCACCCUUCUGCAGAUCCUUCAGAUGGUUUUGGGGCUCUGCACUUCACUCUACGCGUUAUAUCAGAAGUACCUUGGAAAUUUUAAGCCAGAGGCAUGCCCGGGUGUGUCUUUGGCCCAGAACCGUGUUCAGCUCGUGAUUUACAUUUGUAAUUUCUGCCUCUUCACGGAGUUGUUUGUAAAGACUUAUGUUUUGGUACCAAAGCGUUCUCCAAACGCAAUGGGAGGCAGGGAUGAAAAAAAGGAACUAAAAGUAAAGUAAAAUGGAUUAACAUAUGCACAUAUUAUUUUUUACUUGCACUAGGCAUUAUGAGGGAUAAAAUAAAUCUUAUAAAAAUGGUCUGUCAGAUAUACAGUAUCCCUCACCAAUAAAUAUUCUGUCCAAUCUUUAUUUUGGAAGAAAAAAAAGUAUGUUUGAAUGGACGUCUAAAUAAAGUAUUU